AUGGACAACACAAGAUUAGAAAAAGCCACAUAACUAGCGUAAGAUUUCUUAAACUUCGCAAAUAAAGGUGUAUCUCCCUACCACGUCGUUCAUGAGUCUACAUAACGUCUUUAAAAAGCAGGUUUUACCUAAAUUCAUGAAACCGAAAACUGGGACUUAGAAAAAGGCGGUCGUUACUUUUUCAUUCGUUCGGAAAGUUCGUUAGUAGCGUUUAUCGUAGGAAAUGAAUUUGAUGCUAAUAAUACAGGAUUUAAAGUAAUAGGAGCCCAUACAGAUUCUCCUUGCUUACGAUUGGCACCUUUAAGUGCUUCCUCUAGUCAUAAUUUCCAUUAAACAUGUGUAUGUACUUAUGGAGGUGGACUAUGGCACACUUGGUUUGACAGAGAUUUGAUUUUAGCAGGAAGGGUUGUAUAUAAAGAUGAUUAAGAUUAACUCAAAACAGGUUUAUACAAUAGUGAAUCUGCUAUAUUGAAAGUACCGAAUUUAGCUAUUCAUUUAACUUCGAUUGAUGAAAGAAAUAAAUUUGCACCAAAUUUAGAAAAUCAUCUAAAGCCUAUACUAGCUUCUUAAAUAUAUGAAAAACUAAGUGGAAAAACAGUCGAAACUAUAAACGGGCCUUUAGGAAAAAGCCAUUAUGAGGGACUUUUAUAGCAUAUUUAAAAAAAAGUGGAAUUUCUGCUGAAAAAAUAGUCGAUUUAGAUUUAUGUUUUGCAGAUAGUUAAUAAGGAUAAAUAAUUGGACUAAAUUAAGAAUUUAUAAGUUCUCCUAGAUUAGAUAAUUUAUUUUCUUCAUGGGCUUCUGUUUUGGCUAUAACUGAUACUAAAUAUAAUUCUGGAAAUUCUUCUUAUGUUAAUAUGA